CAAAAUCCUAUUUUUAAUACAAUCCAUUUAUCAGAAAAAUCCACGAGUUCUUCUCCAAUUGCAGUCGCAGAUAUGGUAAGAUAAAAAUUUCUUAAUUUUUCAGUAUACCAUUUUUUAUUGUAUCAAAAUUUCUAGGAUGUAGAGUGCUUAGAUCAUAAUAAAACGAUUUGAUUUGUCUUGAUCAAAUCGUUUUUCGAUACUUCCAAUAAUUCAGUCAAAAAUGUGGAAGACGUUUUUCCAUUUUUUAAUUCUGCAGGGUACAUACCUACAUGUUUGAAGGGAAUUGGAAAACCAUUAAAUAUACUUGUAGAUUCCAAUGUAAUAUGGCCAUGGCCAAUACACGUUUCUCAUCAUGGAUAUACCACGUAUUAACAAUAUUGGCAGUACCCGUAGAGUUGGCAUUCCCUCCUAGUUUAAGGUACCCACUUCCGGUGAAUAUCAAUAAAGUUAUUCAAGUGAAUUUUACAUGCGACUCGGAAAACUUCAACAUAACAUUUUCAAUGAAAUCGCCUUUUAAAGGACUGCUUUUUGCCAGAGAUUUUGCACAAGAAUGUAAAUCUGUAGGAAACUUAUCCAAUAAAGUUCAAAUCAGUCUACCCACUUCCGGCUGUGGUGUGAGGCUCAAUUCUGCUUAUAGUGAAAAUGGAGCAGUACAAAUGUUUUAUACUGUACACCUGAUUGUCCAACAAGAUAGAUAUUUACGACAAAUUAGUGACAAAGAGAGAAUCGUCAGCUGUAAUUUGGAGGACGAUGACCUUUUGAUUAGAAGCAAAGCUUUAACGAAAACUGUUAAAAACGAUUUUAAAAAGGACAAGCUACACUUAAGGGUUGGUAGAAUGAAAAAGGAAGGAUGGUCCAAAGAACUGGAUGGACAACAACUUGAUGAAGAAAUAGACGAAGCUUUAUCAGCAGCAAGAGCAUGGAUGGAAAUUGUGCCAGAAAACAACGAGGAGAAAACAUCUGGAACUUUGCAAGUUGGGGAAACGGCUUCCUUAAGCAUUAAAGCAACGCUACCAGCUGGUAUUGGUUGGCGUGUAGUGGAUUGCCUUGCCCAUGAUGGACUAGGUGACUCUUCGCAAAAGCUUUUAAACGAAAACGGAUGUCCAAUAGAUGAAUUCCUGAUGCCUUCUCUUCAGUACGGUCCAAUAAGACCGAUCGCUUUGAUGCAGAACCAACAAGCAGUUACCAGGUUUCCUGCCUUUAAGUUUCCUGAUAGAGAUACGCUACACGUUUCUUGUGGACUACAGUUGUGUAAAGGACUAUGCCCAAGGGUAAAUUGCAAUAACGACAAAUCAUCAGAUGAAAAUAAUAGAAGUGGAAGAGGAUUUUCAGAUUUGCUGGACGGAGAAAUUCUUGACAGAUUGGAAGUUUUUAAUAGCGUGGAAGUACUGGCACCAGAAAUUGAUGAUUUACGGGCCAAAGACUCGUUCGAAUCUAGCGGUCCAGUGUCAUAUUCAUUCAUGAAUAUUCCCGGAGAUAGGACAUUCUGCGUUUCUCACGAUAAAAUGGCUACAGCUUUUUGCAUUCUAGGCUUCAUCUUCUUUUUGGCGAUUAUCAUCACCGCAUGUUCCAUGAUAAAAUCAAAAAGAGACGGAAAAGGCAUUGCCUUUUACUCACGAAGCCUUUUCUCCGGAAGUAGCUCUAGCGGAUCACUAUUCGGCAGCAAAAUCUUCUUAAGAGAUAGUCCGAGUCUGAGAAACAGUCCUUAUCCCCAUUCAAGAGGAAUGCAAUACGGGCGAAUUUUAUAAAAAUAGGAUAUAUAUUUUUCGUUUUAAGAACUGAGUUUGAACUGAGACUUAAUGAAAUUGGUAAAACUAUGAAAAUUGACAUGUUUUAAGCACGAGGAAAGAAAUUUUGCUAUAUUAUUUUCAUUGGAUAUUGUAUCAGAAAUAUUCAAUUGUAUACGGUUAAGGCUAUAGGUAAAGCGUUGUAUCAUCUUUCAAAUAUACACUUGUUCAAUUGACAGGCAUCUUUGGUCAGGUUAGCCUUGAAAGCAGGCCGCGUUUAGGUCAAAAAAUGACGCCCUGGGCAAUUCUCUAGUAGCCGGCCUUCAAACAUGUACCAUUUUUGCGAAAAAAAAAUUCAAGCAGAAUGUUUUAUUUAAAUAAGAUUGUUAGGUUCUUUGAAUAAUGUUUGGAAAUGUGUUAAAAAUAUUCUUUAUUUUACAUCAGGCGUAAUGUGACAUAUUACUAUUAUAAGUAUGUUUGAGCGUUUUGACCUGUGCCCAAUGCAUGAGUUUUUUAAUGCAUGAUACGUAGAAAUUGCCUGUUUGUUGGCGCGCCUACUCGUUCGAUUUUAAAUGAGAGAUGCAUUGAAAGCAUUACUCAAGCACUAUGUGUUUAUAGCUUUGUUUAACAAUAAACAAAUUAAUUUUUAGCAAUGCAAAUAAUCAAAACCGGUAUAAUUUGACAUGAACUUUCAAAUGCGGUAAGCAGAAUUGCUAUUUUAUUUUUUAAUCAAAAGUUACUCGGGUUCAAAAAUUGCAAUUUUUCGAUAUUUUGAAAGUUCAACCGCGUUUAUCUCGAAAACUAAGCAUCCUACGAAAAAAAUUGUAACAACAUUUUUUACUUAGAAUAACCCAAAAAAAUAGAAAAAAAGGUUUGUUUUGCUAAGAAUCGCUGAUAUGUAAUUCCUUAAGUUCUUUGUUUAUAACAAUCUUAUCGACAUCCGGAUCAACUGUUAACCAAAAAAUUCGUGCUCUACGGAACAAAAUACAUAAAAAAACUUGGGUAAGUCCAUCUGAAUAAAGUAGGCCGCACAUGGAAUAGCACAAUAAAGCAGUACAUCGGCGCACAUGGACUUGAAGUCAGAAACGACAGAGGACACCUCCUAGAAAAAUUCGCAGAAGACUCAGAACUCGUUGUCACCAACACACUUUUCCAAUUACCACCUCGAAAGCUGUACACUUGGAAAUCCUCUUAAAACAAACCAGGGAGAAUUAUUAGAAAUCAAAUAGAUUAUAUUUUAGUAAACAAAAGAUUCAGAAACAGCUUUACAUCUGUCAAGACUUUUCCUGGAGCAGACUUAGAGACGGACCACGUUCCACUGGUGGGAGUAUUUCGGGUCAAACUCAUAAUAGUGCAGAAAAAGAAAUCACAAUCAUACGACCUACGUAUGCUAAAAGACCCUGAUACGAAAAUGAGGGUUCAAGCCACGUUAAAUAAGCAAGUGACUUCAAUUAGAGACGAAUCGAACGAAGAAAAAAUGAUCAAACAGAUGACCGAAAUAGGUAAAAAUGUAAAGGAUAAACACUUAAAGGCAGAUAAAUUAACCAAGAAGAAAUCAUGUAUGACAGAUGAGAUCCUGAGACUAAUGAACGAAAGAAGAAAUGCCAAAUAUGACCCCAACACAUAUAAAUCAAUCAAUAUAUCAAUAAGAAGGAAAAUUAGAGAAGCGAAAGAGAAAGAAGCAAUGGAGAGAUGCCAAGAAAUUGAGACUCUACAGUCAAAGUACGAUACUCACAAUGUACAUAGGAAAGUUAAAGAACUCACAGGUGGACUAAGGCGGAGACAGAAAGGAAAUCUAACUGAUUCUGACGGAAACAUCAUUAGAAAGUGGAAAGAAUAUCUAGAAAAACUAUUUGAAGACCAAAGAGAUAACACCUUGUAAAUGAUGGACCAAUAAUAUUACAACAAGAAGUUUAUUCUGCCAUAACACAGCUAAAUGAUGGCAAAGCAGCAGGUCCCGAUAAUAUACAAGCAGAACUACUCAAACUAAUGAACAACGAAUCAAUAGCAAUAAUCACACAGAUAUUCAACAACACAUACAACUCUGGAGAAAUAGGUACCAACAGAAUGGCUGAAGUCUGAGUUUAUUGCACUUCCAAAGAAACAGGAGCCAAAAAAUGCGAAGAAUACCGUACGAUAAGCCUGAUGAGUCAUCUCCUAAAAUUAUUCCUAAAGGUGAUCCAUACGAGAAUUUACAAGCUAUGUGAAAGUCAAAUUUCGCCCAACCAGUUCUGGUUCAUAAAUGCUGUUGGUACGAGAGAUGCUUUGUUUUCAAUACAAGUCUUAUUCCAGAGACGCAGAGACGUCAAUUGCAACGUAUCCGCAUGUCUGGUUGAUUAACAAGAAAGCGUUUGAUAGAGUACAACACGCCAAGAUGAUGCAAAUACUAAAAGAAGCAGGAAUUAACAACCAAGAUCUGAAAAUAAUUAGAAACCUUUACUGGAAUCAGACUGCAAACCUCAGAGUUGACGGUGAAUACACCGAAUAUGUGAAAAUUAUGCUUGGAGUGAGGCAAGGCUGAAUUUUGUCCCCCCUAAUUUUUAAUCUUUACUCUGAAAGAAUAUUUACCCCAACAUAGAAUUAUUUGUGAAAACAACUGUUUGUAUACUAUAAAAAACUUCAAAACGCAAAAAUUCGACAAAAUAACAGCAAAAAAUUCAACAAACUGACAGCCACAAAAGUAAACAAACCAAAUCGUCAGAAAUUGUACUUAAAAUAGGUAUAUGAAAACAUCCCCAAUCGUCUUUCUCUGUACCUAUCUCUUUUCAAUGCACUGAGUCUAAAUCGUUCAUAAAAAUAACAUGUGUUUUUACUUAAUAACAGGCGGCACUGGUUUUUGAUUAGUUUCAUGCGUGGAAGAGAAUGAUAGAUAAAAAGUAUGUGUUUUAUCUCGCCAGGUAUUAAUGACGCACGGGUAAAGACUCGUGGAGUCAAGUGUAUGUGUGGUAGACUUGGUUAGAGAAAAUCGUCGAAUUUCAAUCAUAGCAAUUUCAUGUGAGUAAGGAUCUGUUCAUAGUAUCGUACACAAACUGGGUUACACAAAAACUGGGUUUCACCAAAGUUUCUGCGCAAUGGGUUCCUUAUCUUUUGUUGAAGGACCAAAAAACUUUCAUAUGGAUUUAUCUUUGCAACGUCUCACGGAAUACAGGUAAGCUGGUAAUAUAUCAUUCUUAUUUUAUAUUAUCUUGACAUCAUAUCAUUCGUCUGCACCACAAUGAUCGGCCAAAAUGGAGGAUAUUAGAGCAUCCACCUUAUAGCUCCGAUUUAUCGCCUUGUGAUUUUCACAUAUUUCGGCCACUGAAAAACAUAUCUAAAGAUAAUCGUUUUCAGUCGGAUGAAGAAGCACAAAAUCGAAGUACGAAGAUAUGUGCCUUUAUUGUUGUGGUAACUAUUUGUAGAUAUAUUUACCAAUAAUUUUUUUCUGGGUAAAAGAUGACUUUCAAUUGGACAAGCCUCGUAGGUGGGAGAACUAAAAAAAGUUAAUAUUUUCUUUUUCUCGUGCCAAUUUUCUUAGUUUAUCAAUCUGAUAAUGCAAGACAAUAAAAAUUAUUAUUAGCCUUAGAUCAACCAAUUGUUGGCAGUAUAAUAUUAUUUUUCUUCGGACUCCUAUAAGUUUUUAGGCAUGUGUUGUAACGACGUAAUUAUAGAUUCCAAACUACUAGUAUUGGCCUUACAGAAUUUCAUGAACAUGACCAUUCAUUUGGUGACAUCAAUCUAAGAACGAAACUAUAAAAUCCCACAUUGGCGAAAACAUUAUUAUUAGUUUGCAGUGCGUUAUCAAAUCAAGAGUCAAACUAUUUUUUGCCUUAGUAACUUGGCGCAUUUACUGUUUUUUGUUCUUACAAUCGUUUCCCAUACUGUAGGUAUAUACAAGGUGUCCCGAAAAGAUUGGUCAUAAAUUAUACCACACAUUCUGAGGUCAAAAAUAGUUCGAUUGAACCUAACUUACCUUAGUACAAAUGUGCUCAUAAAAAAAGUUACAGCCCUUUGAAGUUACAAAAUGAAAAUCGAUUUUUUUCAAUAUAUCGAAAACUAUUAGAGAUUUUUUAUUGAAAAUGGACACGUAUCAUUCUUAUGGAAGGAACAUCUUAAAACAAAAUUAUAGUGAAAUUUGUUCACCCCAUAAAAUUUUAUGGGGGUUUUGUUCCCUUAAACCCCCCCAAACUUUUGUGUACGUUCCAAUUAAUUCAUUAUUGUGGUACCAUUAGUUAAAUAUAACGUUUUUGAAACUUUUUGCCUCUUAGUAUCUUUUCGAUAAGCCAGUUUUUAUCGAGAUGCGGCUUCUUUUUUAAUAUAUUUACAUACAAAUGUUAUUGGAAUUUUGUUCCAUUAUUAAACCCCCCAAAUGUUUGUGUACUGUGUACGUUCCAAUUAAACCAUUAGUGUGGUACCAUUAAUUAAACACAGUGUUUUUAAAACUUUUUUGCCUCUUAAUUUUUUUUUGACAAGUCUCCUUUUAUUGAGAUGUGGCUUCUUUUUCAAAAUAUACCUAAAAAUGUAAAUUAUAAAUAAAUUGUCAGAUUAUUAAGAGGACUCUAUAAUCGUCCUUAACCAUAUACAAAUAUGUGGUGGCACAUCGACAAAUAUUCAAAAUAUGUCGAUAAACACUGGCAUAUCGAAAAAGUACUAAGAGGCAAAAAAGUUUUAAAAAUAUUGUGUUUAACUAAUGGUGCCACAAUCAUAAUUUAAUUGGAACGUACACAAAAGUUUGGGGAUUUAAAGGAUCAAAACCCCCAUAAACUUUUCACUUUAAUUUUUUUUAAGAUGUUGCUGCCAUAAGAAUGCCACAUGUCCAUUUUCAAUAAAAAAUCUCUAAGAGUUUUCGAUACAUAUAUGAAAAAAAUCGAUUUUAAUUUUGUAACUUCAAAGGGCUGUAACUUUUUUUGUGUGCACUAUUGUAUAUAGGUAAGUGAGGUUCAAUCAACCUAUUUUUGACCCCUGAAUCUGUGGUAUAAUUUAUGACCAAUCUUUUCGGGACACCCUGUAUAUCGAAUUCAGUAUGAAAUUGAAAUGGUUAAUGUUUUUUGGGUUCAUUUUUUUUUCGGGUAUGCAUACCUACAUAUUUUGAAGGUUCAUGAAGUUUUGAAACAUUUUUAAAGUGCUACUUAAUCCAAUGAGCCUCUGAGACUGUGAGCCGAGUUAACUAAAGGAAACUAUCCACAUAAAGAACUAAGCGGUUCUCGAUCAACUGAGUGCUAUGUGCCUUCAUUUGAAAUCUAGUAGCGCGCACAAUAUAUUCAUGUCUAUUCGCAUUCUGGUUUGACUGUAACUAAACGUUUGAGCGGAAGUACUAUUCCAGUCUGCAAGAAGCUUAGAACGUUUCCGUUACAAUAAUAACAACUAAUUUAGCAAUGAUUUAUAUCUGUAAUAAUUGUAAACAUUGAUAAAAAUGCUAAAAAUUAAAUCCAAACGGUUUCAGUGUCAUAAUAACAGCGGAUGAAAAAAGUAUUAUGUCUGAAAAAGUGACAUUUUUUCUUUUCGAAAAUAUAUACUAAAAUGUCAUUUUUUUUAAGUUCGACGGAAGAAGAUUUUUAUUGUACAGGUUGUUUAAGAAAUUUAAUGAGUUGUACUAAACAUAUUAGCCUGUAUUUGGUUUUGACUGAUCUUGAAAAUAAAUAUUGUCAUGUUACUUUUAUGUCUGGUUGCACCAACAAAUCUUAAGCUCCAGCUCAGCUAGAUAGCAGUCUUAAGUCUCACAUUGCACCAUAAUUUUCGAUUUUUAUCUGAGCAAUCCACGUGACAAUCAAUUGUGGUAAGCUGAAAAUUGAUCUAAGACUCAAAGCUGCAACGCGUGUGUUUCGUAAGCUGAGCUUAAAGCACGUCUUAAGCUUCAGAUAUCUUGGUGCAACCACGCGUUACUCUCUUAUCUGUUAUGUUUCCAGUGAUUUUUAAAAUAGCUUUUGAUCUCAUUUGUUUGUAAUUAAUUAUUCGCAUUUGUUAAUGAAUGGGAGUAAUGUUACAUUUUUCUUUAUAUUAGACGAUAUUAGAUAGUGAAUUCUUCAUGAAAAGAUAUUAACUACUGAAUAUUUGUCACUCAAAAGGUUACUUGAAUAUUUCAACCUAUAAUUUAUGUUAUUUCUUUUAAUCAUGUACUUAUACUAUUUUAGUGCAACAUAUAACGUUAACUUUUAAACACCCUGUAUGAAAUCAAUGGUAAAAUGGUGUUGGUAUAUUUUUAUAUUGUAAAUGAAGAUAGUGUAAGACAAUUUUAAUAAAUAAAGACAUUUUUAUUA